AAAGAUGAUGAGAGUCACCGAGUAAACACAAACACGAAACAACGUUGAAGUCGCUCGUUUGUACAGAUAGGUUCACAAUCUCUGACGAGUGAGCUAAAAAGUCGCCUUCUUUUUUGAGUGUUCUCCUUUUCAAUCGUCUCCUAACUCUCAUCCCUAUCGUUUUUUUUUUAAUAAAUAAUGCAAUCGAUUUCGGUAACCAAAGCCUUCAACAAAUCAAGCUCUCUCCUUUUCUUUUCUUUCUUUUUUCCUCAUUCUGGGUUCAGUGUUGAGUGUUGUUUCGAAUUUGAGUUUCUAGGUACGUGUCUUUUCAGCUUUUAAUUUCAGAUGAGGAAUCUCGGGUUAGUCGAAAUUACUCUGCUUUGCUGUCUCUUUGUCUACUUCCGUGUAGAUACUGUCUCUUGUUUAAACUCAGAGGGUUUGGCUUUACUCUCGCUUCUCGACCAUUUUGAUAAAGUCCCGCUUGAAGUUGCUUCGACGUGGAAGAACAACACCACUCCAUGUGAUAGCUGGUUUGGUGUCACUUGUGAUCAUUCUCGUAACGUCGAGACGCUAAAUUUGUCUGGUUCUGGGGUUUCAGGCCAAUUAGCUUCUGAAAUCGGGGAGCUUAAGAGCUUGUUGAUUCUGGAUCUGAGUGAUAACAGUUUCUCUGGUGUAUUGCCUUCAAGUUUAGUAAACUGUACCUCACUUGAGUAUUUGGAUUUGUCUAGGAAUGGGUUUUCCGGAGAAGUUCCAGAUUUUUUUGGUAGCUUGAAGAAUUUAAGGUUUCUCUAUCUUGAUCGUAAUAAUCUUCGUGGUCUGAUUCCUGCAAGUGUUGGUGAAUUGGAAGAGCUCGAAGAACUCGGGCUGUCUCAUAAUGAGUUGUCUGGUACCAUUCCCGAGUCGAUUGGGUACAAGUGCCGUAAGCUGAAAUAUCUGGCUUUGAACAAGAACAAGUUAAAUGGUGUUUUACCCGAAAGUCUCAAUCUACUUGAGAAUCUUGGCGAAUUAUUUGUCAGUAACAACAGCCUUGGAGGGAGGAUUCAUUUCGGUUCUAGCAAUUGCAAGAAGUUGGUGACUUUGGAUCUGUCUUACAACGAUUUCCAAGGUGGUGUUCCACCUGAAAUUGGCAACUGUAGCAGCCUUCACUCUUUAGCCAUUAUCAAAUGCAACUUAACAGGUACAAUCCCAUCAUCCUUGGGUAUGUUGAAAAAGGCUUGGUAUAUUGACCUUUCCGAGAAUCGUCUCUCUGGGAUCAUCCCUCAAGACCUGGGGAACUGCAGCAGCUUGGAAACCUUAAAGCUGAACGACAACCAGCUCCAAGGCGUGAUACCUCCUGCAUUGGGUAACCUAAAGAAGCUACAAAGUCUGGAGCUUUUUGUGAAUAAGCUGUCCGGUGAGAUUCCUAUUGGCAUAUGGAAGAUUCAGAGUCUGACAGACAUGGUCGUUUAUAACAACACUCUCACUGGGGAAUUACCAGUUGAAGUAGCUCAGCUGAAGCACCUUAGGAAUCUUACGCUGUUUAACAACAACUUUUAUGGAGAGAUACCAAUGAGUUUAGGCAUGAAUCAAAGCUUAGAGGAGGUGGACCUUUUUGGUAACCGUUUUACAGGGGAGAUACCACCCCAUAUCUGCCAUGGACAGAAGUUGAGAAUUUUCGUCUUGGGCUCUAAUCAGCUUCAUGGUACGAUACCAGCGUCUAUUCGUCAGUGUAAGACCCUCAAGAGAGUCAGACUUGAAGAAAAUAUGCUUUCAGGUCUUCUUCCGGAAUUUCCUGAGAGUCAUAAUCUUUCUUAUGUGAACCUCAAAAGCAACAACUUUGAAGGAUCCAUCCCGGGCAGCUUGGGAAGCUGUAAGAAUCUCCUGACCAUUGACCUCUCUCGAAACAAACUCACGGGUCUGAUACCUCCAGAACUGGGAAAUUUGCAAAGCCUCGGACGCUUGAAUCUUUCAUAUAAUCAUCUGGAAGGUCCUCUGCCAUCCCAGCUAUCAGGUUGUGCGAGAAUGCUGUAUUUUGACGUAGGGUCCAACUCAUUGAAUGGUUCUCUGCCAUCGAGCUUCAGAAGCUGGAAAAGCUUGUCCACUUUAGUUCUCAGCGAUAAUAAAUUUUUGGGAGCCAUGCCACCGUUCUUGGCUGAGCUUGAUCGCCUCUCAGAUCUGCGGAUAGCUCGAAAUGCUUUUGGAGGUGAGAUUCCUUCAUCAGUUGGCUUGUUAAAGAGUUUACGCUAUGGCUUAGACCUCAGUGGCAACGGCUUUAUGGGUGAGAUUCCAACCGCAUUGGGGAAUCUUAUCAACCUCGAACGGCUCAACAUAUCCAACAACAAGUUGACAGGGUCUUUAUCUGUUCUUCAAAGUCUUAAGUUUUUGGGUCAGGUUGACGUCUCGUAUAAUCAGUUCACUGGUCCAAUACCGGCAAAUCUGAUAUCAAAUUCUUCAAUGUUCUCUGGAAAUCCAGACCUCUGCAUUCAACCUCCUUACUCAGCAAGUGCCAUUACCCGCGACAAGUUUAAAUCUUGCAAAGGUCAAGCCAAACUUAGCACCUGGAAGAUUGCCCUUAUAGCAGCUGGGUCCUUUCUAGCCGUAUUGGCUUUGCUUUUUGCUCUGGUUUUGGUUUUCCUCAGGUGCAAAAGAGGAGCCAAGACAGAAGAUGCUAAUGUACUCGCGGAGGAAGAAGGUCUGUCCUUGUUGCUGAACAAAGUUCUUGCAGCCACUGACAAUCUAGAUGAUAAGUACAUCAUCGGAAGAGGAGCUCAUGGAGUUGUUUACAGAGCCUCGUUAGGGUCAGGCGAAGAAUACGCCGUGAAGAAACUCAUCUUUGCGGAACACAUACGCGCAAACCAAAAUAUGAAGAGGGAGAUCGAAACAAUCGGGCUAGUCAGACACAGAAAUCUCAUUCGGUUAGAAAGAUUUUGGAUGAGGAGAGAAGAUGGCUUAAUGCUGUAUCAGUAUAUGCCCAAUGGAAGCCUGCAUGACGUUUUGCACAGAGGUAAUCAAGGAGAAGCCAUUCUUGACUGGUCUGCACGGUUUAACAUAUCCCUUGGGAUUGCGCACGGACUGGCAUAUCUACACCAUGAUUGUUAUCCACCAAUCAUUCACCGCGACAUCAAACCAGAGAACAUACUAAUGGACUCGGAUAUGGAGCCUCACAUUGGAGAUUUCGGAUUGGCUCGGAUUUUAGAUGACUCAACAGUUUCAACAGCCACCGUUACAGGCACAACUGGCUACAUCGCACCAGAAAAUGCUUACAAGACAGUGAGGAGCAAGGAAUCAGAUGUUUACAGUUAUGGAGUUGUUUUGCUCGAGCUGGUUACAGGAAAGAGAGCACUAGACAGAUCUUUCCCAGAGGAUACCAAUAUCGUGAGCUGGGUCAGAUCUAUAUUAAGCCGCUAUGAAGAUGACGAUGAUACUGCUGGUCCAAUCGUUGAUCCAACACUUGUAGAUGAGCUUCUUGAUACGAAGCUUAGGGAACAAGCAAUACAAGUUACAGACAUGGCUCUAAGGUGUACAGACAAGAGGCCGGAGAACAGACCAUCCAUGAGAGAUGUGGUGAAAAUUUUGACUGAUUUGAAAGAUUUUGUAAGAAGCACUUCAGGUUCAGAUCAGUAGUAAUACUAGUUUCGGAUUUUGCAUGUUCAUAGUUGACUGUCCUUUGAGAACCACUAAUAUAAAUGUAACCACCUUUGAGAAGAUUUUAUUAACAUAUAUAUAGAAAGAGGCUUGUUUUA